AUGGGUGCCCUCAUGGGAGGAGGUGUUGGUCUGACCAUUGGUUUCAUCUUUGGCUCGUGGAGUAUCAUUCGGUAUGCUUUCUCCUCACCUUUCGUCGCGCUGGCCCUGACCGUCCCCAGACAUGGAGCAGGUCCCCGUGGGUUCAUGGCGACACUAUCUCAGUACAUGUUGAGUAGCGCUGCCACCUUCUCCUUCUUCUUGGCCAUUGGCUCGGUCAUCCGAACGGACGUUCCUCAGCUUCAGGCUAUCCAAAUGCAACUCGCCGCAGCAGACCCUGUCGUCCGCUCAAAAUACCACGGUGCCCAACUCAUGCGAGCCAGAUGGGAGCAAGAGAGAAAGCGCCAGGCAACAGGCAAUUGA